GGAAUAUACUUUGCUCUGUUUUGCAAAAUCCUUCUCUUUUCUUUUUCUUCUCUUUUCACAGUUUCACUCUUUCUUUUUCUUUAAUCGUUUUUCUUUGCCAACAAAAUCUCUCAUCUCUUACCUAAACUCUUCUUCUCUGUGCAAGGAUCAUGGAGCUUUUUCUCGAGUUUGUGUCUACCAUUCUUCUUACUACUCUGCUCUGUUACAUUAUUGGUAAGCUCAUUUCUUCACCUCCUCCUACUGGUGAUGGCGAACUGGGUUUUUUUGAGUGUAAGUUCUCGGUUGAAUCGGAUAUUCGUGGUUUAAAUAGUGAGGAGCGAGUUGGGUUUGUUGAAAAAUUUUGUGAGGUUGAGGAAUCUGAAGCUGGGCUGGUACUGGAGAAGAAGAGUUUUGCCGUUCAGGAAUUUCCCGAUGGUGAGUUUGGGUCUUCAGAAAUACAAAACGUUUUGGAGACUGAAGGAGAAGAUGAGAAUGUUGUUGAGGAAGAAAGUUAUGGAGAAAAGGGUGGGAUCAAUGAGAGAACAGAUGACUUGUUCGAUGGAAGUUCUGAGAGGGAUAUAAUUGAAGAGAUUGAAGAGUGUAUGAGCACCAAUGACGAAGUGGGUCUGGCUAAAUGUGACGAGAUUGAGGUGACAGAGUUUGAUGAAGUAGAAACUAAUGGAGCUGAUGAUGCAAAGGGGCGUUUGUUUGAUGAAGAGGAUGAUUGGGUGGGAGUAGAAAGAACUGAGUUGGAGAGGCUGUUCGGUGCGGCAAUGACCUAUGUUGGAUCUUCUAGUAAUGCAGAUAGAGUUUCAGCGCUUAGUAAUGAUGUGAAGAUGAAGUUGUAUGGGCUUUACAAGAUUGCUACUCAAGGGCCUUGCCUAGAUCCCCAACCAAUGGCGUUGAAUUUUUUUGCUAGAGCAAAAUGGAACGCUUGGCAACAGCUUGCUGAAAUGACUCCAGAGAUGGCUAUGGAGCGUUAUAUCUCACUUCUUUCUGAAAGCAUUCCUGGGUGGAUGGAAGAUGAAUCUGGUGGAUUUACAGAUGCUUGUGAAUUUGGAAAGCAAGAUGUUCUGAAGACAUUUGCACAAAACCAACCAGUUGCAGAGAAUGAGAGCAGAAAACUUGAAGAACUAAAGCCUAAUCACUGAAGGCGCAGAUGUGACAUAAGUUGGAGUAGGGACCCAUUGAAGUAACUAGUAACAUGCCUUUGUCCCCAAUUCAUGACAAGCAAUAAUUGGCGCUUUUAUGCCUUCUACACCCUUUAGUACCAUGGGAGCUUCUUCUACAGCAGUAGAUGACCGCUAUUCACGAGGAGAAGAAGGUUUCAAAGAAUUAGCCCCAUUUUAUUACAAGUACAUAUUUAAGUGUUUAUAGCUUCUGAUAAAAUAAACAUAUAUGUGUAUAUGGCACUAGAAUUAUCCCAAUCUAUUCCUAGUUUUUAUAAUUCUUUAUUGGUUUAGGUACGGUGUUUCUUAUUUUAUUAUGGGUCCUUACUUGCCAAGUACCUCAUUCCAAAUAAGUCAUUUUCAUUGAAGGUUUAAAAAUGUUGAAAUGGGUGUUUUAACAUUGGUGUGAAUAACAAAUAAAAAAGAUGGGAGCGUAUAUUACAAGGCAUAUAA